UCUACACCUUCUCCUAUCUACUUGAAACCCUGUUGGGCUUCACUAGAGAGAUCGGAAACAUGUAUAAUUAAAACCCACGGGCCCAAAAUCGCUUCCAUCAGGCCAGCACCACUCCGGAACAAAGGGCAACCGGCGGCGAACAGAGAUCGACAAAGGCAAUCUGAGUCGUCGAGGGAGAAGAAACAUGGCUUCGUUUGGUUCUCUAAAAUCCACGAUAUUCGAAAGAGAAGAGAGAAAACAGCAGUAUCAGGCGCAUAUUCGAGGCCUCAAUGCAUACGAUCGCCACAAAAAGUUCAUAAAAGAUUACGUUAGUUUCUACAGGCAAGAUAAACCUUCAAAUAUAAAGUUGCCUAUCAAAACAGAUCAAGACACACUAAGAGAAGGAUACAGAUUCAUACGCUCCGAGGAAGAUGAUAUGGAAUCAUCAUGGGAACAAAGGCUGGUGAAGCGUUAUUAUGAUAAGCUUUUUAAAGAAUACUGCCUUGCCGACAUGUCGCAGUACAAGAGUGGUAAGAUUGGUCUCAGGUGGAGGACAGAGAAGGAAGUCAUGUCAGGCAAAGGGCAGUUCAUAUGUGGUAACAAGCAUUGUGAUGAGAGAAAUGGAUUAGCCAGCUAUGAAGUUAACUUUUGUUACUUCGAAGCUGGAGAAAACAAACAAGCAUUGGUUAAAUUGGUAGCAUGUGAGAGAUGUGCAGAGAAACUUAACUACAAAAGGCAAAAAGAGAAGGAACAAUUACAGAAAAGAGUACAAGAAGAGGAUAGAAGAAAGAGGAACCGGUCAAAGAGUGCUGAUGAUCUAGAUGAGUUCCAAGAAAGCAAAGAUAGAAGACGGAAAGGUAAAAAGGCUGCCAUUGAUGAUGAAGAUAACUUCGAUGAGUUUCUCGAGGAGAUGUUCCCCUGAUCAUGAUUGGUUCAGGAAUGCAAGAGAUACACAAGAUUAGGCAUUCAUAGGACAGCCUUUCUUAUUGAUAAUCAGUAAAACGGCUCAGAGAAUGUUGUGGCAACUAUGAUUAUGUAUAUCUAUAAUAUGGUAGGUAAAUUUUCAUAGUGCACGAUACAUUGAAUGGCUUACCUAUGUAUGUAGUGUAAAUAAAGUAGCUUUGCAAAAGGAACUAAUUACUUGGUACUGGGAAAAACCACAUUUAGUAUGUGUAUUGAAAAAUUUAUGAUUGCUGGGACCAAACAAGGGGAAGUUGUUAUUCCCACCGAUAUUUGGGAGUAAGAUAUUCUUCCAUUUUAUAGUGAUAAAAUAACUAUUAUUAUUUACAAAGAGAAAAAUCUUUUUUUUUUUAA